ACAUGUACCUCUCCUUUACAUAUAUCUAUAUAUCUAUAGAAGCAAACAACACCAAAAUUAACUAGCAAGACCAACAAAACAACGUAUCUUCCUUUGCCCCUUCUAUGGACUCCUCAUCAGCAACUCUUAGCUUCCCGGCCACCAAAACCCUUUCGUCUCUCCGGACGGCUUCCUUCUCUUCUUUUUCAUCGUCCUUCUCAUCAUCCUCGUCUUCCUAUUAUUUCCCGGACGAUCAAUCUCCGAUCAACCCCUCGACGCCUCUUCGAUUCUCUGGUGUUCCAUUCUCUUGGGAACAAUUGCCAGGAAUUCCAAAGAAAGCACAAAAUCAUCAUCACAUGAUCAAAGAUGUGUCGUCCAUGCCAAUUGUUCUUCCAUUGCCCCCUCCUACUACUUCCAAAAGAUUCGAUUCCGAGGAAUUCGGGAUUAGUAAGAAGGUUGGUAAUAGUCCUAGUGAUUGGAGGGAUCCGUUUUUUGCAGCAUUAGUUAAAUGUUCUAAAGAGGAUCAUCAUCGUCAUCAUCAAAGCUCGACGGAUAAUAGUUGGAUUGAUGAUGGUCCAAAGGUUUCGAGAAGUGUUAGCGAUCGAUUCGGUUUUGGUAAUCUUUACACUUCUUGUAAAAGAAGUUGUAAUGUUACAGAAUCAAUAAUCUAUGUUAAUCCAAGAUCAAGGAGGACAUCUUACGAUCCAAUCAAUCAUCACCGUCCGAAUUGAAUAUUAAUCAGUAAUCCAUCAUCAAUAUUUUGGCUACUAAUUCAAGGUACUAGUGAUCAUUGUUUACUCUAUUUUUAGUACUUGUUAAUUUGUAUAAUUAUUAUUAUUAUUUAAGUUGGAUUGCCAACAAGUCUUGAUUAAGUUAUUGUAAUGUUGAAUUAUGAAUGCAUUUCUUGUAUUAAAUUCCAGAUUUGCAGA